UUGCUUGUACACUUUUCAACUGCAUCUUUAAUUUUGAAUAUUUUCAAUUAAUUUGAAAAAUGUUCCUGUCCUUUGAAGCUUGAUUUUACUAAAUACCAUUUUAGUAAAUUUGGUUUUCACUUUUAAUUUUUAUCCAUUCUCUUGAACGAUAACGUUAAAUUGCUUCAAUUAUCAUGGAUGAUAGUUUGUUAAAGUCAACAGCCAGUGAGAAGACAAUUGUUGACGAGAAUAACAAUGUUGUAAAAAGUAAUCUGGUUACAUGUAAAUCACUUGAAACUGGCCUUAAUACCAAAGGGAUUCUUCGCUCUGGAUCACCAAGUCGGGUUAAGCGAAAAGUUUUCAUAUCACCUUUAUUUGAAGUUAUUCCAGAUGCAUGGGAAGCCAAAUCUAUUCCAAGUAUUCCUUGUCCCAGUCCAUUACGGAAAUGUGCCUCACCAUUAAGCCUCUUUUAUCGUUUAUCACCAGGAAAUGGAGCUGACUUCUUUAGCCGUACAUUUGAUUCACCAGGUAAAAGUGGAUUGAAUACGAUGAGAGAUGAUAAAAGUGGAAAUAGUUUCGCCAAUAGACUGUAUGGAGCAAACUCCUUUGAAUCAUUGGUACGCAAGGUUGAACAGGAAUCCUCAGUCAAGUCAACCAAGAAAACAUGUGAAACAGAAAGUGUUCCCAAUACUAUUAAUAAUAAUAGCAAUAACAAUCAUAAACGUAAGGUUACCUUUGAGACUGUGCUGAAACCAUCGUCACACCAUAGUCAACAAAAUCGUUUCCAGCAGCAACCACAGCAACAUCAUCAUCCUCAUCUUCAACAGCAAAAUAAUAGUUUACCGCAACAACAGCAACAACAUCAGGAUCAAACAAAGGUUUCCCAGGUAAAAUCAGCUGUAGUUCGAAGUACAACUAUAAGAAAAGUUCGCCAUUCAUCUGGAAACGUUAAACCAACAAUCAAAAUGGAUCAUGAAAGUUUCACCCGAAGUCAAGCUUCGAAUCGAUAUGAAGCAAAUCCGAUAAACUUUAAACCCAAAGAACCGAGCUCUCAAAAUCGCAUAAUUAUCAGACAGGGAAGAAUUGUUAACAGUGAUUCCAUGUUUGAUGCCGAUGUUUUUAUUGAAGAUGGUAUCAUCAAACAAAUAGGACCUAAUCUUAUUGUACCUGGAGGAUGUCGAGUGAUCGAUGCAAAGGGACACUUCGUCAUACCUGGAGGAAUUGAUCCACACACUCAUUUGGAAGGUAUUUUUAUGGGCACUUCAUCAGUGGAUGACUUCUAUGCGGGAACUCGAGCUGCACUGGCUGGUGGAACCACAACUGUAUUUGAUUCACCUCUUGAAACCAACUUAUCUCCAGUUCAAUUGUUUGAAAAGUAUCGGGCAAUUGCUGAUUCAAAGGCAUGCUGCGAUUUCAGUCUUCAUGUGCCCGUUACCAAAUGGAAAGAUGGAGUAACCGAAAAAGAAAUUGAGACUUUAGUUAAACAAAAGGGUGUCAACGCUUUUAAAGCUUUCAUGGCUUAUAAAGAUUCCCUCAUGUUGGAAGAUCAUGAGCUGAUCAAGCUUUUUGACUGUUGCAAGAAACUUGGUGCAGUUCCCAAAAUUCACGCUGAAAAUGGUCAUCUAAUUGAUUUCUUGGCCAAGAAACUCCUUCAAAUGGGUGUUACCGGCCCUGAAGGUCAUCUUCAAUCACGUCCAGAAGAUCUUGAAGCAGAAGCUGUUCACCGAGCUUCCGUUUUAGCUCACCAUGUCCAAUCCCCUUUGUAUAUUGUUCAUGUAAUGAGUAAAUCUGCAGCCGAAGAGAUCAAUAGAGCAAGAUCUCGGGGAACUCUUGUCAUCGGUGAAACUCUCGCCUCAGCUAUUGGUACCGACGGAAUUCACUAUUACAAUCGGUGUUGGGCACAUGCUGCUGGACAUGUAUUAUCACCACCUCUUCGACCAGACCGCACAACUCCUGAAGGAUUAGUUAAUGCUUUAUCUGCUGGUGUGCUUGAUGUUGUUGGCUCAGAUCACAUAGUUUUCUCAGCCCAACAAAAAGCUCAAGGAAAAACUAAUUUCACCAAGAUUCCUAAUGGAGUCAAUGGAAUCGAGGAAAGGUUAAUGGUUAUUUGGGAAAAGGGAGUUCGAACAGGUAAAAUGGAUCCAACUCGGUUUGUUGCCGUUACCAGUGCAAAUGCUGCUAAAAUUUUCAAUAUUUAUCCUCGAAAAGGAAAGAUAGCUGUUGGCUCAGAUGCUGAUAUUGUUGUCUGGGGAAAGAAACCACGAGUUAUUAAAGCUGAAACUCACAAUUCUCGAUGUGAUUUUAACAUUUUUGAAGGAUUACAGGUUGAAUUUAGCCCAAUUGUGGUCAUUUCACAAGGUGUAGUAGCUGUUAAUGAAGAUGGAUCUCUACACGUUUCUCAAGGGAAAGGACGUUUCAUUGAAUGUCCACCUUUCCCAGCUAUCCUUUAUGAAAGAGUCCGUAACCGAGAACGCAACAUGGGUCCUGUGAAAGUUGACCGAUCUGAAAGACCUGAAACUCUUAGACCGGCCAUUCAAGCAAAUGUAACUAACGGCAAUGCAAACAAUAAUGGAGCAGAUAAAGUUAACCCAAUUAGUGUAGAGCCACCGGUUAUAUCAACCAAAAAUAAUGAUUAUGAAACCAUUCCCACAACCGGUCCUCCAUCACCUGCUCUUUCAACUGCAAGCUCUGGAACCUCUGCCGCUGGUUUUCAUUUGUCUAAAACUAGGAGCGGUGUUCGUAAUCAACAAGACUCAAGCUUUAAGCUUACCGGUGAACAAUUUGAUGAUUCUGGAACAAGACGGACGGCAAUUAAAGUCCAUAACCCACCAGGAGGACGCUCAAGUGGAAUCUUUUAAGAUUGAAAGUUUUCCACCUCGCUUGUACCUUAUUAAAAACCAAUGAAUCCCCAAAAUGUCCUAAUCUUGAAACACGAAAGGGACAAUUUUUCAAGUUACUCUUUGUCACGAGAAAAUCUGUUUUAGUUAUCUGCUUUCUUCUUUUCUCACUUUUUACUUUAUCCCUUUCUCAACUUGCGACUCAUGUGCAUGAUGUUCGCCCUUCUCCUUUUGCAAGCAAACUGUCAAUUUUGUUUUCUUUUUCUCUAUUCUGCAUAUUCACUUAAUUUGAUUAAAACUUAUUUAAUUAAUAA